AUGAUUGCCCUUCGACGAGACCCCGAUGGUAUUGUUGCUCAACGAGGAAGUCAACUCGUGAAAGAUGGCACUCAAUCUUUCAGAAUUAGCCUCGUGGGGCAUCGCAAGCACUGCAAUCAGCACAUUGACCAACUUUGCCGACCUGAUCCGCUGGUUAAAGCUAUGUCUGGAGUUUCCAACAAGACCAUUAUUUACGUCCAGGCCUGGAGAGUCAACUCCGCUAGUAGCAGCUCCGAUGCUCAGGUUAUAAUCGAUCAACCCACCCUGAUCGAUCUGACGGCGAAGGUCUCGAACGGACAAAUCACUUGGACGCCCCCUGAUAAUGCAACAUGGCUUCUGCUUUCCGCUUGGCUGCGUGGGACCGGUCAGGUUCCAGAAGACAGCCCGCACACCAACGGGAUAUCUUAUGUGUAUAUCCUGACCCCUGAUAUCCAUUCCGCACUACACGACAAGGAUACGGCUAUCAUGGAAGAUUCUCUGGAGGUGGCCAGCAACGGCUACUGGAUGACCAAAUUCCCAGCAGAGUUCCUCAAGCGACGUGGUUAUAGCGUUGCGGAUAUCCUACCUAUCCUUUUACAGAAGAGCAGUAAAUACCUGUUUGUAUUUUCUGAUGCCGACCUGACUCGAGGCGCUCGUAAUGAUUACUGGGACACCAUCAGCGAUUUGUAUGUUGAUUAUCAUAUCAAGCUGAUAAAGUCCUGGGCUACGUCAAAAGGUCUCGAGUACAGAGUCCAGCCUUACAGAGCAUUUCCCCUGGACGGAAUUAGAGCUGCGGCAUUAGUAGAUAUCCCCGAAGGAGAAUCACUAGGCUUCACCUCCAUCGACAACUAUCGAGCCCUUGCCGGUGCCGCUGGGUUGGCAGGGCGGAAUAUCAUCUCCAACGAAUUAGGCGCAUAUGCCAAAUCCGCAUACGGAACUUCAUGGGCUAAAGUGCUUUCUACACUUAACCCGCAGUUUGCUGCUGGAGUCAAUCAGAGUGUGCUUCAUGGCUUCUCAUAUCUCUAUGCUCCUGGAGCUGUAUGGCCUGGCUUUGCUGCCUUCACGCCGACCAAAGGAAAAGCUGGUUAUUCGGAGUCGUGGGGUCCAAGACAGCCGACUUGGAAGCAUGCAUCAGAUUUUACGAACUAUGUGGCGAAAAUGCAAUUCUUCCUUCAGCAAGGUGUGCCCAAGCACGAUAUCGCGAUCUUCCGACCCAAUGGAGCCGUUGAUAACAACUACAUCGCCCCCCUUAUUUCACCAGUACCGGAGCAAGGAGACCCUGGCACCGACAACGGGCCGACCCUUACAGCUUCGGCUGCGAAGAAAAUCCUGGGCUACGCUGAGGCGGGUCUUCCGAUUCUCUUCAUUGGAAAUUGGACAGAUGCUCGCGCAUAUGGCUUCGGUGGCUUGACAGGAGACUCUACAGCGAUUGUCAAAUCUACAAUGAGGAAGUUGCUUAAGUUGUCCAAUGUGGUCAACGUUGCUUUGGAAGCAGACAUCGAAGCUGGUAUCGCGAAGCUAGGCAUAAAGCCCGCCGUAGAGUUUCCAUCUGGCAAGAUGGAGGCAGUUGCGUUGUAUCAGAUUACUAUGGACGGGCGCUUGUCGAUUCCACUGGUGCUGAACUCAAAACAAGCAAAGCUGGUAUCGAUAAUCCCUUGGUCUCGGAAUAAACCUCGUUAUGCUACGAGUACGACAUCCCAGGCGAUUAUGUAUGACUCUCAAUCUCGCCUUUUGACUGCUAUAAGCAACGUCCUGCUAGCGAUGAAUCUGAAGACCUGGACAUUGAACAUAGACGACUGGCAGCCAGCUGAAGGCAGCGGAACCACCGGUGAUAUAACUGCUACUAAGAUCGUCAAGCACGAGCUGUCACUCACAUCGCUAACAGCAUGGAGUGGCAUUGCAGAGAUUCAGGAUGUCUCUGGAAUUGGCACCUAUCGGACAAAUUUCACACUUGGGACCGCUUCGACGUCGCUUUCCAGCGACAUGGGCGCGUACAUCAUUCUCAGCAAGUUCAAUGGGUCGUUUCGCAUCAAGAUCAAUGACCAGCAGCUGCCACCCUGCGACCCUUUCUCCCUUAAAUACGACAUUGGAGCAUAUGUCGUCAAUGGUACAAAUACAGUCGAGAUCGAUGUCGCCUCCUCUCUAUUAAGUAGGAUGAGAGUUGUAUUCCCGGAUGUGUACGGAGGAAAUGAAAGGCAAGCUUUUGGCCUCGUUGGGGUGACGAUCCAACCAUACGCGCAGGCUGUGAUCGUGUGA